GUCGUGGUUGACCCGGCCGCGCUGCGUGAAAAUAAGCAGCACAUGCACGACUUUGAUCGGGGGUUACAGCACGCGCUGUGGUUUUUGAAAAAGAAAGCCGACCGGUACGCCAGCAACGACACGGUAUUUUCUGUGGUGCACAAAUCCAUUGCCGUGCCCGGCGCGGGCGACAAGCACGAUUACAUGUCCUUGGCCCGCUAUUAUUGGCCGAACGAGUCACAACCGCACGGGAUGCCGUACAUUCGACACGACGGCAAGGUCAAUCCCGAAAUCCACAAAGUGCCCGACUAUACGCAGUUCCGCAACCUGGUCAAGCAUGUCCAGUUUCUGGCUCUGGGAUACCAUUACUUUGACAACGAAACGUAUGCUGAACGUGCGACGCAACGCAUCCAUGAUUGGUUUAUCAAUCCAGAGACUCGCAUGAACCCGCAUUUGCAAUAUGCUUCGCUGGUGCGCGGAUAUAACACGGGCCGAGCCAAGGGGAUCAUUGAUUUCCAUGUCCUGCCGGACUUGCUGGACAGCGUGGCGAUCCUUCAGUACAGUCAAGCAUGGCAAGAAUACAAAGGGACGACGAACGCACAUAUACGGUACUGGUUUGCACAAUACAUCGAAUGGCUCACCGAGAGUCCCAAUGGCAUCUAUGAAAUGGAGUCGCACAACAACCACGGAACAUAUUACGAUAUCCAAAGAGCCGCAAUAUACCGUUUCUUGGACAAGGCCGAUUUGGCACGCCAAGUAGUGGUGAAUGCCUCGGCGGCGCGUGUUGCACAACAGAUCCUGACAUCGGGCGAACAAUAUUUGGAAACGGCUCGUCCGACGUCUUGGUUAUAUUCCAUUUUUAAUCUCAAAGCCUUGUUUCGACUCGCCCAUAUCAGUGACCAAUUGGGCGUGGAUCUGUAUGGGUACACGACCGUGGACAACAAGAGCAUCAAAGCCGCAUUGGACUUUGUGCUCCCUUAUGCGCUCAACGAAAGCUCUUGGUCGUUU